AUCCACCCAGCUUCUCCGGACAACCCGCAGACAUUUCCUAACCCACAGCUCAAAUUCCAGAAUUCACUAUCGUCAUCACCCAAAAUGUCACAGGCUGCCAACAUCGUUGUUGAGUUGUAAAUCACUCUGGGGGUGUUGCACACACACCUCCAGCCUAACAGCUCCAGCGAUUGACAAGAACAGACGACAAAAACGACGAUACCUUUGAUCCUCUAUCUCUUAUCCAUUAGAGAGAAGGGCCUUCUUCGAGAUCUAUCGAACAAGCACAUCCAUUGAAGGAUAUCGUCCUGUAACAUUUGGGGCAUCACACAUACGACGGAAGCUUCAGAUUUUUUUUCUUUUCUUUUCUUUCUUUCUCGCCCUGGCAUUGGGAUUGUUGGCUGAAAGCAGGUGGGUAAAAAAAAAAUACCGAGGGAAAAAAAAAAAUUCACAUCCACCCUCACCUCAACCCUGUGCACCCAAACCGGCGGCAACUACAACUAACAACCCGAAAACCUCAUUUGCACGAAAUACACCCCCCCACACACACUACAAUUAUAUCGUAUAUAUUUAUUGCCAACCAAUUCCUCCAUCUUUUUUUUUUUUUUUUUCUUUACACGAUACGAUGCCUCAAGAAACGCUACCAAACACUAUAACCGGCCUCACUUCGCUGCCUUCGAGGACCAACAAUUCUUCACUCCCGGCCGGGGAGUCGUUGGCUCUGAACAACCCAUAUAUUCUCCACGAGCAUAUCCCCAAUCAGACAUCUCACACAAAACGUCAUCGCCGAGAAUCAUCUCGAUUGGGUCCGGGCUCAGCAGGUGGGAGUGGGAAGGAUGGAAGGAAUGGGAAAAGUGGGCAUGGAGGAGGUGACCAGGAGGAGACCGAAUCUUCAUCCGAUGGUUCGGGUGGUCAGGACGAUGAGGAGACGGAUGAUGAUGAUGAUGAUGAUGAUGAUGAUGCGGAUGAUGCGGACGAGCCGGCUGUCAAUCGCCCCGUCCGGGUGACUGGUGAAGAUGCCACCACCAUGAAGCUAUUUCCGGGUGAUCAACCUACUGUCGGAAACGGCAGACAGGAUAGCGUAGCUGCAAAUGGAGAUCACCGGGCGGGGCAAGGCUCAAGGAAACGACCCUUCGAUACAGAUAUUGACGAGUUGAUGGAAAAUGGCCCUGGGCAGAAUCAUCCAAGAAAAAAGGUCGCUUCCGGCAUCGCCAAAGCCGAUAACAUGCGAGGGCUUUCCAAUGCCUUGUUUGGGAUCGGUGAUGGCACCGGUGGCGACAUCGGUGAUAUCGGCUUGUUCACCGAUGAAGAUUUUGGUUUGAUCGAUGACGGUGAAGGUGGGGUGCUUAUUGAUAUCGAGGAAGACGGAGAUAUCGAUGCCGGCGACGAUGAAGAUAUCGAAGGUGAAGAGGAGGCUGCUAUCGUCUGCGAGCUCGAUAAUGGUAUUCAGCCUUCCACAUCCAUAAAAGCAAGCCCAUUUCUUUCAAGCGGCGUUGCGCCCGAAAUAAUCAAUGGUCCCGAUCUCGGUAGUGGGGGCGAAUUUGAUGACCUCAGCGAUGAAGCGUUUGUUUCUCAAUGGAACGACCCUAGCUACUUUCCUGACGCGCCCUGUGAUCCGGCGGACAGUUAUCUAUUUAAUGGCGGGGACAACUUCACUGCAAACCCCACGCCGGAUUCUACUCCGACCGUCACUCCCGAUAACACUCCCGGGGGGCCGUUCUCUGGCACUGCUAUACCUGUUUCUCCCACCGGUGGUGGUGGUUUCCUUUCGCCGACGGUGGGUAGUGAUGAGGGAUCCUCGGAUGAUGGCGGAGUUCCUACUCUUAACCCCUUCUUUGAGAGAAAGGACCCUGCUGUGAAGCAUCUGGUGCGCCUCCAGGGGCUUGGCGGAUGGGCCGACGAGACAGAUGACGAUUUGGAUAUCCCAUGGAAACACUUCUUCUCAUCAGACGGGAGCAGUGACGAAGGGGGCGAGGGCGAGGAUGAAACGGCAGGUAGUGAGAGCGAGGACGAGAGUGAGAAAAAUUCAAACCCGGAGAAUUAUCGCUUUACUAACUAGUUAUCACUUUUACUGCAGGCGACUCGGGAGAAACUACUGAUGAAGAAGAGGAUCUUCCGAUGCCGACACCCAGCGGCAAGUCUAUCCUUAGACGUGUUUCGAUGUUGUCCCAGGAACAGGAAAGUCCACAAGUUGUUCACAUCGACGGGGCUUCCCGCCCGAGGCUCGGCUCCUGGGUUGCCGAUCCGAAUCGCCCGAUUUGCGUUGUGGAGGGAUCGAAAAAGACCUUUCUCAUACCCAAGGGCAAGCAGGUUUCUGUCGACGAGACGAAUAGCAACGGCAGUGUAUCUAAUUUCAUGGUAAUGAUAUCGGAGGAAAGCGAAAGCGAAAACUCCCCUAGCUUUUUGGACUAUAACCCGACACUCGGCGGGUUGACUGGUGGUGAUGGACUUUUCUUGAAUGGGGCCGACAUACUGGGCCCACCUGAGGCUUUCUAUCCCUAUUUCAACGAGCAAGGCGAGCUCGUUGCCGAUGGGCUAGGGGACGAGGAAAUUGACGAGUAUGAAGCCAACCUUAAGAUUGGAGACUUUCUCGAACUUUCAUCCGACGAGGAGGGCAACGAGCCCACAGACAACGAUUUUAGCGCUGGGCAGUUAGAGUUAGCCCCAAUGGAUGGCGCGUGCGAUGAACCGGAUGCCGACGACGAAUGUACCCCCUCCGCUGAGCUUCCCGCGCAGAUGCUCUCGAGGUGGGAUAAGGUCAGUGUGACGGCUUUUCGUAAGAGACAAAUCCAGCACGCCCAGAAAAUGGCGGAUCUUCAUGGAAACCCUAACAGUAGCCCUACUGCAGGCUACGGACUUCAAAAAAAGCUGGGGGAGACGAUUGCGCCAACGAGGAAGAAGAAAGUGAAAAGGCGGUUCGUGGCUGGCAACAGAGGGCUUGGGGUCAACGCUGCCAUGAGGAAGAGAAUUUCAAAUAGAAAGGCUGAGGAGCUUGGAAGAAAUUUCGGCUCGGCGAAUCGGAUUCCUCCAAUCUUUGAAGGCAUGUAGAUGCGCUGUGAAGGCACAGGGGCAUUGGGAGGGUAUGGAUCUAAGGAAGCGUUUGCUUCCUUCCGAUGGGGUGUUCUCUAGAGAGACAAUUCCUAGAGUGGGGUACUUGGGGAAGAAAGUUUUCUCUUGACUGGCUGAUUUAGAUUUGUGAAAGUGCAUCGUUGGGCUGGCAUGCCCUGGGGCUUGAACAAAGACGGUUAUUGAAAUAGGAAAAGAAAAGAACUGAAAACGUUAUGGUAGCAUGCGAGACGAUAUAACGAUUAGGCGAAAAAGGUUUAGGGUUGUGUUAUUUAUUUUCCUUGACAAUGUCACUUUUAUGCUUUCUCAUGUACUGUACCGGCGAUGCUUUCCCCUUUCCCCCUUUUCCUUUUUCCUCUAUCAGCAUUUUCGUUUGUAGCCCACCCAUUAGUCUUUUCUUUUUGUUUCCUCCUAUUUCCCGGUUCUUGAUCGGGGAACAGUUUUUUUUGUUUUGCUUUUUCGCCUUUUUCUAUUCCUCCGAAUCACUCGCUGUAUAUUUAUCGGCCUUCCUUUAUCCUUCGUACAUCGGUUUCUUCAUGUCAAAUAUAUUUUUGUGAGUACAUACGGGUUUUUUUCCUUGUAUUUCUUUCUUCCAAUCUUACCUUUGCUAGCUAGGGGAUGGGGGCGGGUGUGAGAGCAGUGAUGGUACAAUUUAAGCUAUCAUAGUCAAUUGAACGUAUGUUUGCCUUGGGUACUGCCACUGCCGGUAUGGCACACGAACGGGUGAGAUCGGGGUUGGAGAAUGAAUUUUUCCCCUAGU